CCGGGGAUGAGGCUUGGUGGGUGCCAGGGGUGCUGAGGAGGCCGAGGAGGGCACUCGGAGCUCCGAUCCGGAAGAGCUGUCUGAGGACGCUGAACCGGGUGGGGAGGCCAGGGAGGUAACCAAGAGUCCGAGCCGGGCCCGAACUAUUCCUUUUUCUAAAAGAAGAGCUCAAAAGAGAAGGUUCAUCUCUUAGAAAUCUCAAAGCCAUGUCUCAGCUGAUGCCCUGUAUUCCUACAAAACAAAUUCAUUGAUGAACUAGAGUAUGCCCUUACAGGGAUCAGUGUCAUUCAAGGAUGUGACUGUGGACUUCACCCAGGAGGAGUGGCAACAACUAGACCCUGCUCAGAAGGCCCUCUACAGGGAUGUGAUGUUGGAAAAUUAUUGCCACUUCAUAUCUGUGGGGUUUCACAUGGCUAAGCCUGAUAUGAUCCGCAAGUUGGAACAAGGAGAGGAGCUGUGGACACAGAGAAUUUUUCCAAGUUACAGCUACCUAGAAGCAGAUGGGAAAACUGAAGAUGUCUUAGUGAAGUUCAAAGAAUACCAAGACAGGCAUUCUAGAUCCCUCAUACUUAUUAACCACAAAAAACUAAUUAAGGAGAGAAGUAAUAUUUAUGGUAAAACACUUACUCUAGGCAAGAACCAUAUUUCAAAAACAACACUAUGUGAAUGUAAACCUGAUGGAAAAGUUUUGAAAAAUAUUUCAGAACUAGUCAUUAGAAAUAUAAGCCCCAUAAAAGAGAAGUUUGGUGAGAGUAUUGGAUGGGAGAAACCACUUCAUAAUACUAAGCAUGAGAAAAUUCAUCCUGCAGUGAAUCUCCAUAAACAAACAGAAAGAGUUCUCAGUGGUAAACAAGAGCUUAUUCAGCAUCAGAAGGUUCAAACUCCAGAGCAACCAUUUGACCAUAAUGAAUGUGAAAAAUCCUUCCUGAUGAAAGGAAUGCUAUUUACACAUACUAGAGCUCACAUAGGAGAAAGAACCUUUGAAUACGAUAAAGAUGAAAUUGCCUUCAUAGAAAAGUCAAGUCUCAGUGUCCAUCCAAGUAAUCUUAUGGAAAAGAAGCCCUCUGCCUGCAACAAAUAUGGGAAAUUCCUCUGCAGAAAGUCUGUUUUUAUUGUGCCUCAGAGACCUCAAACAGAAGAGAAACCCUUUCAAUGUCCUUACUGUGGGAAUAGCUUUAGAAGGAAGUCAUACCUCAUUGAACAUCAGCGAAUUCACACAGGUGAAAAACCUUAUGUUUGCAAUCAAUGUGGAAAGGCCUUCCGUCAGAAGACAGCCCUCACCCUUCAUGAGAAAACACACAUAGAGGGGAAACCCUUUAUUUGUAUUGAUUGUGGGAAGUCUUUCCGCCAGAAGGCCACCCUCACUAGACAUCACAAAACACAUACGGGGGAGAAAGCCUAUGAAUGUCCUCAGUGUGGAAGUGCCUUUAGGAAGAAGUCAUACCUCAUUGAUCACCAGAGAACUCACACAGGAGAGAAACCGUAUCAGUGUAAUGAGUGUGGGAAGGCAUUUAUCCAGAAAACAACCCUCACUGUGCAUCAGAGAACUCACACAGGAGAGAAACCCUAUAUUUGCAAUGAAUGUGGGAAGUCCUUCUGCCAAAAGACAACCCUCACUCUCCACCAGAGAAUUCACACAGGGGAGAAACCGUAUAUUUGUAAUGAAUGUGGGAAGUCUUUCCGCCAGAAGGCAAUCCUCACUGUUCAUCACAGAAUACAUACAGGAGAGAAAUCCAAUGGCUGUCCUCAGUGUGGGAAAGCCUUUAGUAGGAAAUCAAACCUCAUUCGCCAUCAGAAAACUCACACAGGAGAGAAACCAUAUGAGUGUAAACAGUGUGGGAAGUUCUUCAGUUGUAAGUCAAACCUAAUUGUCCAUCAGAAAACUCACAAGGUAGACACCAUGGGAAUUCAGUAAGUAAUGUGACUUUUUUUGUAAAAAAUUUUUUAAGUCAUAGUAAACCCUGUACAUGAUGUUGCUUGCUAUUGUAAUAAUAUACAACAGUUUAAGGUAUCCUACUGUUUGCCAGCCUAUAAACACACACACACACACACACACACACACACAAUUAGACAAAUUACAUGACAGAAAUCAUUUAAAAUCCAAAUUUUUUAUUACUAGCUUCAGCAGACAAAAACUUCCUCUGUCAAGGUAUUAUAAACAUUUAAAAUCACAUUUUCCAUUUCAAUACACAUCUUUCUGUUAAGCAGUAAUAAACAGUUGGCCAACUGACUGUGCUCCAUGGACUAUAGAGUGAGUAGACAUUCUUUAAAAGAAGGAGGCAUGAACUGUAUUUCGCAUUGCAAAUACAAAAUAAAAAUUAGUUGUUACUGCCUCACAGUUGACCAUGAUUCUGACUUCUAACAUUACAAAGUAGUUUUUACAUAUUAUAAAUCAUUAUGUGUCAUGUAUUCUUUCAUAUACAGCUUAUUACAUUCAUCAUGUCCCUGAGUCUGAUCAUUAGUGCAUGUAGCAGAAGUUUAUUUUUAUUCAGUAUAGAGUUCUAUUAUAUGAUUAUAUCACAAUUUAUCCAUUCUACUGUUGAUGGACUUUUACAUUGUUUACAGCUUAGGGUCAUAAUAAAUAAUGCUUCUGAGAACAUACUUGUCUUGGUGCACAUACAUGCAUUUCUCUUGUGUAUAUACUUAGGAAUGGAAUCGCUGGGUCUUAGAACAUAUGUGUAUUCAGUCAGAUACUGCCAGACAAUUCAGAACUUUCACCACAUGAGAUCACACUGAAGGAAAGCAGCUAUAAGUUUUAUCAAUAUGUGCUGGUUCAAACCAGAAAAUUCAUGCUAGAGGAAAAAAUCUAUCAAUGUUAUUGUGAAAACUGGGGAUGUGAAUAUAUAAGAUUCAGCCAGAGCCCAUAUCUUCCAGACAAAUGUAAUAAAUGUGAGAUUGCUGUUAGCCACAGCUAAUGCCUUAUUGGAAAGCAAAAAGUCUACCAAAGAAGGAGAAGCAGCCAACAUUUUCCUCAUUCAACAUCAGAGAAUUCCAACUAGAGAAAAGUCCUGUGAGUGUGUUGAAGUUGGGGCAUGGGGAGGAAUAUAGUGUUUACCCAUGGCCUGCAUCUUACUGGUCAGGUACAAAUAAUGAAUAUGGAAAAGCUUACAGCCAUUGUUCAAAUAUUACACUAUAUCAGGGAAUUCACAUAGGAUAAGAACUCUUCACAUGAAAUGAUUCUAAGAAUGACUUUAACUGUUGCUCAUUUCUUACACAACACUGAGGAAUUAAUACUAAAGAAAGGAAGAUUAAAAGGAAACAAAUGGGGCUUGGGACUUUUAACUUUGAGGAAAGCUCUGUUCCGUGAAAGAAGUCUAGCCAUACCAAGACUAUAAUCCUAGCAAGUCUAUGUGUAAGACACCCUGUUUAACAGCUGGAGCUGAGCUCCCAGCCAUCAGCUAACAUGAGCUGCCAACCAUGUAAGUAAGUGAGGCCUCUUGGACAUCUAGUCAAGACUUCAGAUGACUGUGGACCCUACUAACAUAAAACUGGAACCACAAGAACUGCCCGGCUGAGGUCUUCCCAAAUUCCUGGCCAGCAACCAACAAAAUGGUCAGGCUUUUUAACUAAAAACAAUUUUUUUUUUUUUGAGACGAAGUUUCUCUCUGUCACCCAGGCUGGAGUGCAAUGGCAUAGUCUUGGCUCACCGCAACCUCUGCUUCCCUGGUUCAAGCAAUUCUCCUGCCUCAGUAGCUGGAAUUUCAUGGGCCUGCCACCAUGCCUAGCUAAUUUUUUUUGUGUGUGAGAUGGAGUUUCGCUCUUGUUGCCCAGGGUGGAGUGCAAUGGCUCAAUCUCGGCUUACUGCAACCUGCGCCUCCCAGGUUCAGGCAAUUCUCCUGCAUCAGCCUCCCAAGUAGCUGAGAUUACAGGCAUGCGCCACCACUCCCAGGUAAUUGUUUCAUUUUUAGUAGUGACAUGGUUUCUCCAUGUUGGUCAGGCUGGUCUCAAACUCCCAACCUCAGAUGAUCUGCCCACCUCGGCCUCCCAAAGUACUGAGAUUACAGGCAUAAGCCAGCAUGCCCAGCCAACUAAAAACAGUUUUAUUUUUAUUUAUUAAAAAAGUUUUUAUUUAACUUAAUUGUUUUAUUAAAAGGGAAAGUAAUUUUUUAGUGUCUAUUAGGAUAUAAUAAAAAUAAAGGUAUAAGGCUGUGCUAGGUGGCUCAUGCCUGAAAUCCCAGCACUUCGGGAGGUGGAGGAUCACUUGAGCCCAGGAGUUCGACACCGGCCUGGGAAACACGGCAAAACCCCAUCUCUACAAAAAAUUAGCCAGGCAUGGUGGCACGUUCCUGUAGUCCCAGCUACUCGGGAGGCUGAGUGGGAGGAUCACUUGAGCCUGGGAGGCAGAGGUUGCAGUGAGCCAGGAUAGCACCAGUGCACUCCAGCCUGGGUAACAGAGUGAGACCCUGUUUCAAAAAUAAAUAAAUAAAGGUAUAAAUAUCUGGAUUCUAGAGUCAGUAAACAAAGAUACGGUGAUUGCUACUAGGUGAUUUUGGCGUGAAAAAAAAAAAUGGCCGUAAAAUACAGUUGAAGAUUUGGCUGUAUUUUUGGCUUACGAUUACAUAUCUUAACAACUCAAUUGAGGGGUUCAUAUAUGUUCUCUUGCAUUUUUUGGCACUAAAUUACAUUCGCAUACAUCCCAAUUUUGCACACACACAAAAAUGAAUAUAGCCCCCAAAAGACCAGCUGCAGAUAAUGCAGUCCAUCCUCAAAAGACCCUGUGCUGUCAUUUCUCAUGACGUUCAGUUAACAAAAGCACAGAGAGAAAUCAAGGUAUGAAAUCUAAUGAAUGUCCAUGAAAGAGGUACUUUUGAAUGCUUUAAAGAAAGUCUAAAUGAAGUUGUGGUUUUUUUCUUUUUUUUUGUUUUGUUUUUUGUUUGUUUGCUUGUUUGUUUUAUGACAGAGUCUCGUACUGUCGGCCGGGCUGCAGUGCAAUGACACGAUCUUGGCUCACUGCAACCUCCGCCUCCUGGAUUCAAGUGAUUCUCCUGCCUCAGCCUUCCAAGUACCUGGGCUUAUAGGCACCUGCCACCAUGCCCAGCCAAUUUUUUGUAUUUUUAGUAAAGUUUCACUGUGUUGGCCAGGCUGGUCUCAAACUCCUGACCUCGUGAUCUGCCUGCCUCUGCCUCCCAAAGUACUGGGAUUACAGGUGUGAGCCACCGUGCCCGGCCUUUUCUUUUUCUUUUCUUUUUUUUUAUUCUUUUGUUUACUUCAGUUUUAUGUGGAAUUCUGUUUUGUUUUGUUUUCAGACAGAGUCUUGCUAUGUCACCCAGGUUGGAGUGCAGUGGCGCGAUCUUGGCUCACUGCAACUUCCACCUCCCGGGUUCAAGCGAUUCUGCUUCAGCCUCCUGAGUAGCUGGGACUAUAGGCACAUGCCACCACACCUGGAUAAUUUUUUAAUUUUUAGUAGAGAUGGGGUUUCACCAUAUUGACCAGGCUUGUCUCAAACUCCUGACCUCAAGAUCCACCUGCCUUGGCCUCCCAAAGUGCUGGGAUUACAGGCAUGAGCCACCACACCUGGCCUCUUUUUUUCUUUUCUUUCUUUUUGAGAUGGAGUUUUGCUUUUGUUGCCCAGGCUGGAGUGUAAUGGCAUGAUUUCAGCUCACUGCAACCUCCAUCUCCUGGGUUCAAGCGAUUCUCCUGCCUCAGCCUUCCAAGUAGUUGAGAUUAUAGGUGCCCACCAUCACACCUGGCUAAUUUUUUGUAUAUUUAGUAGACACGGGGUUUCAUCAUGUUGGCCAGGCUGGUUUCAAACUCCUGACCUCAGAUGAUCCACGCACCUCAGCCUCCCCAGGUUCUGGGAUUAGAUGAGUGAGCCACUGUGCCCGGCCGAAGUUGUAUUUUCUAAAGCUAUUUACUUAUAAGCUGCUUCUCCUUAGGAAAAUUUGGCCCUAUGGUUUAUAUUUUGGCAUGAAACAACAUUGGGCUAUAUUCCAGAAUCCUGCUUGAAAAUUCUUUUGAAGAAAUCAGAAAUUUUUUCUGCACUUUUUUUUUGAGACAGGUUCUCAUUUUGUCACCUAGGCUGGAGUACAAUGGUGUCAUAGCUCACUGUAGACUUGAAUUCCUGGACUCAAAUGAUUCUCCUGCCUCAGCCUCCCAAGUAGUCAGGACUACAGGCGUGUGCCAUCACUCUCAGUUAAUUUUUUUUAAUACAUAUUAUACAUAUGGGGUCUUGCUGUGUUGCCCAGGCUGGUGUCAAACUCCUGGCCUCAAGCAGUCCUCCCAGUUUGGCCUCCUAAAGUGCUGGGAUUACAGGUGUGAGCGAUUUCACUCACUUGAGAGAUUUUUCGUGUUAUGAAUUGAUAAAUACAGCAUUGCAUCACUUAAUGGGGAUGCAUUCUGAGAAAUGCAUCAUUAGGCAGUGUCACGAAUGUGUAAGCAUCACAGGAUACAGAUACAAACCUAGAUGGUACAGCCUACUACAGACCUAAGCUCUAUGGUAUAGCCUGUUGCUCCUAGGCUACAAAUCUGUACUGCAUGUUACUGUGCUGAAUACUAUAGCCAACUGUAACACAAUGGUAACUAUUUGUAUAUGUAAACCUGUAUAUAACCUAAAUAUAGAAAAGGUACAGUAAACAUAUGGUACUAUAAUCUUAUGAGACCAUCACUGUAUAUGCAUCAUGGAACGAAAUGUCAUAUGGUGCAUGAGUAUUUUUCAUCCAACUUUAUUGCUUAGUGAAGUUUGGGCAGCUCUAAGGAGCAAACAUGGUUAUGGACUCUAAGUCAACUUGGCCUAAAUACAUAUGACAAAAUAGAUGUGAUUUUGCAAAUUCAUAUUUUGUAGACCUGACUGCAAGGUCAUAAGACAUAUGCAUUCAUCAGUUCAAAGGACUAACAAGACUCCACAGAGCAUACCCAGGAAAUGCUUUUACUUAGAAGUAAAGGAUGUGGCUCAGCAAAAGAAAGGGAAAAUAAGCAUUGGGGCUUAGAAUCAUCGAGGAGCAUGCUCUUCAGUGGUUUUAUUCAUACACAGACUGCACCCUGUAUCUGAACUGAACCACCAAGAGCUGUAUGAAGCUUGGUUUGGGGAGAGCUGAUGGCAGGACUUCUUGGCAUGGGUUUUUUUGUUUGUUUGUUUUUGAGAUGGAGUUUCGCUCCUGUUACCCAGGCUGGAAUGCAAUGGCACGAUCUUGGCUCACCGCAACCUCCGCCUCCUGGGUUCAGGCAAUUCUCCUGCCUCAGCCUCCUGAGUAGCUGGGAUUACAGGCACGUGCCACCAUGCCCAGCUAAUUUUUUCUAUUUUUAGUACAGACGGGGUUUCACCAUGUUGACCAGGAUGGUCUCCAUCUCUUGACCUUGUAAUCCACCUGCCUCAGCCUCCCAAAGUGCUGGGAUUACAGGCAUGAGCCACCGCGCCCGGCCUGUUUGUUUUUGAGAUGGAGUCUCACUCUGUUGCCCAGGCUGGAGUGCAAUGGUGCAAUUUCAGCCUACUGCAACCUCCGCUUCCCAGGUUCAAGUGAUUUUCCUGUCUCAGCCUCUCAAAUAGCUGGGAUUACAGGCAUGUGCCACCAUGACCAGCUAAUUUUUGUGUUUUUUGUACAGAUAGGGUUUUGCCAUGUUGGCCAGGCUCCUGACCUCAGAUGAUCCAUCCACUUUGGCCUCCCAAAGUGCUGGGAUUACAGGCAUGAGCCACUGUGCCCAGCCACUGUACGAGUUUUUAUGCCCCUCUGUUCACUUGCUACGUGGUCAAGCCAGGCUAUCUAACUGGUUAUGUGAGUUUAAAAAAGUUAAAAAGCCAUCAUAAACAAAUUGGCUCUGGGAGUCUCCCAGGGAGUAUCAGACUUUAACCAACACCUCAUAUAGUCAAUCAUAUUAUCCCAACCGAGAGUCAGAGCCAGACAUCCAGGCAUCAUGGAGAUAAUGUUAGAGCUUUGCAGUCUGACUGUAAAUCAGCUCCAUCCUACAAACAUAGUUCCUAUAACUGCUGUGUAUUUCCUUAUAGUGUAUGUAAACAAGCAUAUCUCCUUACCCUCUCUGUCCCCAGUAUCAGAUAGUGCACAGUGCAUCUCAAAUGUGAUCAUUUCUUGCCAGGUAACACUUGAAUUUCUCUACUAUUUCUGGUCUAGCAAUAGAGCCAGGCUUGCCAUGGCUACUUCAGAAGUAAUAUGCAACAGCAAAAAGCACAGGCUCUAACACUAGUCUUCAACAUUCACCUGGGAUGCUCUACCAUUUGAGAUAUUCAUCAGUUUAUAAUCAGGCUUUUCAAAACUCUAGGUAUGUGACAAUACCAAGUGCUGACAAAAAUGUGGAACGACUGGAACUUUUUUUUUUUUUCAACUUUUAUUUUAGAUCAGGAGUACAGGUGCGGGUUUGUUACUGGAACUCUCAUACAUUGCUAAUGGGAAAGGCAAAAUGGUAAAGCCGUUCUGGAAAACAAUAUGCCAGCCUCAAAAAGUUACACACCCUAUAUGACCCAGCAAUCCCACUUAUAAGUAUUUAUCCUAGAAAAAUGGAAAAUUAUGUGCACACAAAAACCUGUACAUGAGUAAGUGUCAUUUACAAUUUGGAAAGCUGGAGACAAGCAGAUGUUCUUCAGUGUGUAAAUGGAUACACUGUGGUACAUUCAUAGGAUGGAAUUCUACACAAUAACAACAACGAGCUACUGAAACAUGCAACAACGUAGGUGAACCUUGAAUGCAUUACGCUAAAGGAAAUAACCCAGUCCCAAAAAGUUAUGUACUGUAUGAUUCCUUCUAUAUGACGUGCUGGAAAAAGCAAAAAUAUAACGACAGAAAACGGAUCAAAGAUUGCUGAGUGUUUGGGGUGGGGUGGGAUCUGAAUACAAAGGGGGUGCAUGAGGGAAUUCUUUGAGGUGUUGGAAUUGUUUUGUAUCCUGCUUGUGGUCAUAGAUAACAAAAAUCUAUGCAUGUGUAAAAAAUAGAAGUAUACAUACGAGAAGGUGAACUGUACUGUCUGUAAUUUAAAUAAAUAAAAACCCUAGCUCUGCUUCAUCAGCAGCAGUACCUCCUGA